ACUCACUUUACUUUUGUCGUUUGAACCAGAGCGCCUUGAUUUUAUUCUUGCUCAGCAGAUUCAUCAUCGGGAUACAGCAGGAAGGCAGAAAAAAGGAAUCAUAUGUUGAGAAGCCUUUCUGAGGUGACUUUUACAUCAAAACGGGCAACGGGAAUUAGGCCAAACAGAUGGAUGAUCUAGAUGAUAACAUUUCAUCCUCUGGUUUUGAGCCACUCCUCAUUAAGGAAGAGGAGGGGAAUCUAGAGAGAUCCCUCAUGGAACAAGGAGAAUGCAACACAAACCUCCAAGACCUCACCUUCACAGGCGCACAGGUAAAGCAAUCAGCUUUGAUAAAGCCAUACCUACAGGAGAUGGAUGACUUACUGAAGAGCUGUGAAGAGCUCACUGGUAUUUCCUUUGGCUCUCAGUACUCAGCAAAUUAUACUGAAACAAAUCUGAAUGAAUCCAGUCACGGUCAGGCAAGAGAGGAAGUAACAGUGGAAAAGUGUGGAGAAGCAUGGAAACACCCCCAAGCCUAUCUUUCACCUAGCUACAUUGACACACACAUAGAUGGGACCAGUGCCGAAGAAAAGCCUGGCCAAUCGCAUUGCAUGGGAACUGUCAUCAACAGGUGUGGCGUGACCACAGAACGCUGUCACCAGGCAGAGAUGCCUCUGACAUCAGCAGGUAACAAACUGAGCAAAACCAUGGUGGAGUAUGAAGGCCAGCUGCUGGGGAUGCUAGCCAUGCUGGAGGGCUGUAUGGAAGAAACUGGCAUGGAUUUUGAACCCCAAGAGUGGGUUACAGAUGAAAGCCAAGAAUAUGUACACAUCAACAAGAACCCUCAGCUUUGUAGAGGCACAACACUGGUGCCCAUUCAGCAAGAGAGGCCAUUAAAGAUGGAGAGCCAGCCAAUGCAAUUAGACUCCUGGGAAGAAGGUCAAGUUUCCAAGGACACCGGGAAAAGAAUGACAGUAGGUUCAACAACAAAUGGCAGCCAGCACAAAGAUUUGUCUGGCCAUGACAUGAUGGGUGAGCUCUCUGUGGACCGAUCAGAAAGCCCAGGUCAUCUAAAAACAGACAAGGUGUUCGGCUUUUCAGAGACACCCAUAGAUACUACAAAAGAGAGCACCAUGUACUGCGAGGGAAUGAAGCCUGGACAUAUAUUUGAUGAAAGCACAGAAACAACAGGAGAUGUGAUUGAGAUUGAUGUAGAUGCCAAUGAACUCCUGUCUGAGAAGACAGAAGAACUCAAGAGAGACACCUUAGAUCUGGGAUCUAGCGUGGCAGAAUUGGAGGCCUUGGGGACUCAGAUGGAGGACUGCAUUGAAGGGGUACAGCGAUUACAGAAGAGGAGGAAGGAGCUCCUGGUAGAGGUGCUGUGCCUGAGAGGGGAAAAAGGCCAAGGGGCAAGUGAGGAGGAGGAGGAGCGGAUUGAUAACAAAGUGGCAGACCUGAUGAAUGUGCUCAAAAAAGAACAAGAAGGCAGAAGGGAAGAAAGAAAGAGGGAGAGAGAGAUCCUCAGGGAGGAGAGGGCAGAGGAGGAAAGAAGGAUGUGGAAGGUGAACCUGGAGAGACAGGAGCUACAAGAUGAGCUUAGAAAGCUGAAGAGGAGGCUAUUUGCAAUGGCGAGGGGCUGCGCCCACAGCCAGGCAGCUCUGAACAACCAGCGCCGUGAAGUGGAGAUACUAAAGAGAGAAGAGGAGAAGCUGAAGUCCUUGGUGCUCCAGCUGAUAGAAGAGGGCUGCCAGCUCAGGCUGGCCCAACAACAACAGCUCUCAGUAGUAAGAGUGAAGCUCCAGGAACAGAGCUCCAGUCAGACUACCAACACUGCAGAGGAGCUGACUGAAUGCAGGAGGCAUUCAUGUGGGGACAUACAGCAGUAUGUGGAGGGUGGCCUGAAAGCAUUGGAGGACAGGUAUGAGCCCAUUUUGCUUGCACUGUUGAAGAGAAGAGAGGCAACAGCUGGCGCAAUCGUUAAAGCCAAAGAGCAGGCCCAGGAGCUGAGAGCCCAGCUGAGACCUCUGAUGGAGGAGAUAGAAAAACUGAAGCUGCAGAGGGCUUGUUUGGAGGAGAAACUCAAUCUAAUCCACAUGCAAAGAAGAGAAAACGUGGGGCAGUACAAGGAGACGGUGCACUGUCUGGAGGAGAGCAGCAGAGAACUGAAGACUGAGUUACAGAUUCAGAAGCGAAAAACCAAAGAGAUCAAGGAGUUGAGAGAUAGCCUUAACGAGCAGCUCCUACUUUACAGAAAUGCCAUUCAGGACCUUAACAAGGGUGACAAUGAGGAGGAAACAUGACUGUUCUUCACACAAAAUGAGCUUGUGUUUUAGGAAACAUAGUAAACUCUAAAGGUUUGAUCAGUGCACUUUAACACAUAUAAACAUACAUGCUGUUACAGGACAAAACCAAGACCGAUCUUUUUUUUUUGUAAAGAUAAACUAGACUGCAGCCUGUAGGAAAGUUUUUGUUAUGAAUAAACGCAGUGUGUUCUUUGUAAUCUAAGUGCCACUGAUGAGUUAUGUCUGUCUCUGAAGAGCAGACUGGAUUUCUUGUACUUAUAAGGCCAACGUGCCUGAAGAACUAAACACUGGGACACAGACGAACAGGGUGAGUAAGCCUCAGAGACGGGAAAAAGUACCAAAACAUCACAACACAAAAGAGGCCUGAGCAAAGUGUGACGAAGCAUCAUCGACUCUUUCACUAAAAUGAUUAAAAACUGUGACUAAAAUGCUCACGUUUGACAAGGAGACAAUCCUCAUUUUCACAGAAUUACAGGCAUAGUGAACAUGUUAAACAUGCAAAAUAUUAAACAUGCAAAAAACGUUUGUGGCUGAAGGAGAAUAAACUGUGCUGUACCAUGAGUGCCAA